UCCCUCUUGUCCUUAGCCUAUACUUUCUCCUCCUUCAAUACCCAACAACUUCUCUCUGAGAAAACACUGCUUUAACUCCUUUCUUGAUUCUUGAAAAACACCAACUGUCUCUUUCUUGAUUUGACGAUGGCUAGUGCUCUUGGUUUGCUUGCUGUUAGCGGCAGCGGCGGUUGCAGUGGCGGUUCUUCUGGGGUCUCAACAAAUGAGUCUGCUGUGUCAAAGGUGGAAGUGGUGGAUGCUGAGGCUAGUUCAUAUCCAGUAGAGGCUGAGCUAGAGCUGGGUCUUGGCCUGAGUCUUGGCGGCAGCAGCGGUAGUGGCGGAGGGAAGAGUAAGACAAACGGAUGGGGUGAGUGUGGGAGAAUCCUGACUGCCAAGGACUUUCCUUCUGUGGUUACUCAGUCCCAUAGAGUUAAUAAUAAUAGUAAUGAUAAUGGCACAACUUCUGGUUGUGUUGUCGGUGCUAUUUCUGGUACUAAAAGAGCUGCUGAGCCUGUUUCCAAUGAAGGUGGAUCCCCUACUUCUGUCAGUAAAUUGCUUUGUGGGAGCAGUCAGGUUGUGGGAUGGCCACCUAUAAGGGCUUAUAGGAUCAACAGCUUGGUGAACCAAGCCAAGGCUUCAAGAUCUGAAGAAGACAAGUCAGUUGAUGAGAAAGAUAAAUCUAAGGAUGUCUUAAAGAAGAAAUUUUGCAGUGGAAAGAAAAAUAAUGGUACUGGUACUGAGAAAGGGAAUCUUGGAUUUGUUAAAGUGAAUAUGGAUGGAGUUCCAAUUGGAAGGAAAGUGGAUUUGAAUGCUCAUGGUUCCUAUGAGACACUUGCACAAACAUUAGAGGAAAUGUUUUUUAGAUCCACACCAACCAUCGGUUCAAUUGGAUCAGGAGAAAAGCAACAAUUAACAAAUGCCUCUAAGCUUUUGGACGGCUCUUCUGAGUUUGUUCUCACUUAUGAAGAUAAAGAAGGAGAUUGGAUGCUUGUCGGAGAUGUUCCAUGGGGGAUGUUCCUUACUUCUGUUAAAAGGCUCCGGAUCAUGAGAACUUCGGAAGCUAAUGGACUCGCUCCAAGAUUCCAAGAGAGGAAUGGAAGACAAAGAUGCAAGCCUAUUUAAGAAUACUUGUGUCCUGUCAUUUUAAACUCCAGAAAGAUGAAACUCACAGUUCGAAAACAAAGACAGAGUAGAUUCGACGAGUCAGAUAUUCCGCUAAGAUUGCAUUUUCACUGCUUUUUAGUGUUCUUUUUUCCUUUUUUUUUCGCUUGACCGUUGUCUGUGUCUCGCGGGUUUUCUUUAUUUUUGUAGGCAAUAUUCAUUUUAGCGUUUUUUUUCUCUCCUAUAUAGUGUUGCAAUACGGGCUUUUGCACACUUACUGCUGCUUUCUCAUACUGUAAAUAUGGGAGUUCUUGAUAUUUAGAGUGGAGUUUGCUGCAAUCUUGUGGAUUUCAGUUUUAUUGCUUUUGCGGUCUUAAUGUUUGAAAUUUCUCAUCUAA